AUGUUUAGCCUCACUCCCCGGCAGUCCAUGCAGUCGGUUCUCCAGUCCAGUGGGCGAAACAGCUCCGUGCGGUCGAGCUCAGUGUCGUCGUCGUCGUCGUUUGUCUCGACAGCGUAUGGAAAUUACCAGAGCGGCGGGAGCUCUCGCAAUGUGGACGAUUCGCUCGUGCCGUCAUUUGAGGCGCUGAAUCCGUACGCAGCAGUUGGACGCAGCAUGAUGGGUGACGACAAGCGCUGGCAGCCUGUGCCGGACUUGUUCCACUCGAAAGAGUCGCUAUAUUUUCGCUCGGCGGUGGGCAAAGUGCUCAAAAUUGCCCAUGAAGACAUUUCGCCAGCAGAGUUGGAAGUGCGUGCGAACACGCCCGAGUUUAAAGUGGAAGAAGGCGACUGGAUAGCCCACGACUCGAACCAGAAGAACCAGUUUGCACUGAUUACGCCGCUAAAGACAGUGGCUCGAAUUCCUGCGAACCUUGUGAUCUCGGAUAAACCUAUCUCGUUAACACAGCCAAUCAGCAACCACAUGGGUGGGUACUUGCGCAAGCGAGGAGAGAAAAACAAGGCGUUUAAAAAGCGGUACAUGGCGCUAAAUGGCAGUGUGCUGGCAUAUUACAAGAAAAAGCCGGAGAAGAAUGGCAUUCCACUGAGUCGUGACGAGAGAAAGACGCUGGAAAGAGGGCGGAUUGACUUGGAUCGAGUGUCAUCGUUGCAGCCCAUGGACUCCAAGGCAGAGCCGUACGGCAUUCUUCUGGUCACGACAGCACGUACGUGGGCAAUUUGUGCGGACUCGGAACCCGAGUACCAGCGGUGGCUGAAAGGACUGUGCGACGUCGUGAAGUUCAGUGCGGUUCAUGUCACGUACAAGCGCAUGUUCCAGCUGCAAGAAGUGAGCGCGAAGGCGAUUACCGAUGUCCGGAUGGUUGUCACGACUGGGGAUACAGUGGGACAGAUUGUGGAGCACAUAUUCAAUUGUUACGAGCAGGCGUUGGAUGCAGCACCGUUGAGACCGUACAAUCCAGCAGAGUACCGGCUGAAGAUUACAGGCUACCGUGACUACAUGAUCGAUAGGUUCCGUGUGCUGAAUGAAUAUGUGCACGUUCGUGAGUGUCUGCUGACGAAAAAGACAAUUCGAUUGACCGUGAUUCACGAGUCGGUUAUCCAAGAGACUGCUAUGAUGAACUUGAGCAUUGGCAGGGAUUUUGCGAAUAGUUCUGGGCUGAUGGACAAUAUUGUCUGCCAGUUUUCCGACAUGUUCGAUGGUGAGCGGGCAACGUCGUUGCAGAUGACGACGCUUGGCGAUGAGUGGGAACGUCCUUCAGUCGACCGUAACCCGUCGCUACCCAGUAGUAUCAUUCAACAACCGUUUGCCGUCCGUAUUCGUCGUGUACUGAACAUUCCUCGUACGACAUGCGUGAGAAAGCGGUCAAGUGAAGAAGCCAUCGUGACCAAAGUCCCUUUGAUGAGCUCAGGCGUGAUCGUUCGCAUUGAACUGUACGACGGUGGCCAACUGCUGGAUAACGCUGUAAUUGAUACGACUGACGUACGACUGAAAGCCCAGCGCAACAACUUGUUGUAUGCCGAGUGGGAAGAUGCUGUGUGGCACAAGUUCAACAUUGACAUUUGCAACAUCACGCGCACGACACGAGUCCAGCUCACGGUGUCAGGUGUGAAAAAAAUUGUAGGGAGCUCAACGUCGAGCAUGGACGUCAUCGAAGAAAAGAUGCUCGUGACCGGCGUGAACGUAUUUGAAGUGGAUGAUACGCUCACACAGGGGCAGCACUAUGUGCACAUGUACAACAACCUGCAUUCAUGCAUCCAGGGACCUGUGCCUCACGUUGCAUUGCCGAACGAGCCCCUGAUUCAGGUCGAGUUUUCUAAGUUCGAUACGCCGAUCAAAUAUAACUGGAACGACGAUGAGCGAUCAUCGAUGAGUGACCGUUCUCACCGCCGCAGUUUUGUCACGAGUAGCCGAUCUGUGAUGCUGCGGAAAGAGGGGUGGCUCCAGAAAGUGGGCAAUUUUUCGUCUUUGACUCGUUGGCGUCGUCGCUGGUUUGUCGUGGACCAAAGCACUUGUACUCUCAGCUACGCCGAUGACGAGACUGCCCCUCGUAAAUUGAUCACGCUGCGUAAUUGCUCAGUGAUGACCGCGGAUGACAUGAAUCAGAAAUUCACGACAGCCCCUGUGAAUAAGGGAACCCGGAAACUCCGCCAGACAUGGUGCUUCAAGGUGCGACCCACGGGUUCGUCUCGUGACUAUAUCAUUUCUGCUGAAACAAAACAAGACCGCGAGGAAUGGAUGCUUGCAAUUUCGACCGUUUCCAAGGGUGAGUCGGCCAUCAACGAUCUUCCAAGCGGCCACUGUGGCUUUGACGAUUCGGGUGUACCAGAUCCUGUCGCUGAGAGCCCCCGUGAGGAAGAAAACAGCGACGUCCUCGACGGCAAAAACAUACUAGAGAGUAUUGCCCAGGACCGGCGCGACUCGACCUCCCGAUGUAGUGGCCACAGCGCGUCACAGCAUGAUUCUGCCCAGUACAAUGAGCUGCGCAAGCUCAUUUUGCUAGAUCCGCUGUACCGGUUCAGUCCGUACCAAAAAGAACAGCUAUGGAUGCACCGCGAAGAAUUUAUCGAUAUACCAGCUGCUCUGCCGCGCAUCCUUUCUUGUGUCCAUUGGGAUGACCGCGAUGAGCGCGAAGAGGCGUUGAGGUUACUUCCGCGCUGGUCCGUGCCUGACCACCAAGCAGCCUAUAUUGAGCUCUUGAAUGGCGAGUUUGCAAACGAAGGCGUUCGCUCGUUUGCUGUCAAAAAGCUCGGCCAAAUGGCUGAUACGACGUUUAGCUACUUCUUGCCUCAGCUCGUGCAAGCCAUUAAGUUUGAGAACCAUCACGUUUCGCCUUUGUCGAUGCUGCUGAUCGAACGUGCCAUAAAGAAUCCGAACCAGAUCGGGUUUGAUCUCUUUUGGAGCAUGAAGGUGGAAGCGCACAACGACCAGUACCGUGAACGAUAUGGUACGAUCUUGAAUGCGUACUUGGACGUCUGUAGCUCGAAGAUGCGCGCCAUCUUGAAGCUGCAAGAUAAGCUGUUCUCGGAGGGUGGAAUGCUCGAGCGCAUUUGCCAGAGCGUGAAGGCGAAACGGAAAGAUGGCGCGGCUGAAAUGAAACGUGCGAUGCAGCAAGGCUUGGAGGCGCUGAACGAGCUUCUGCCAGGCUCCUUCCAAUUACCGCUUGACCCUCGUAUUGAAGUUGGCAAGAUUAUCGUGAGCAAAUGCCGUGUCAUGGAUUCGGCGAAAAAGCCGUUGUGGCUGGUGUUUGAGAACGCGGAAGAAGGAGGUGACCCUGUUACAGUAAUGUUCAAGGCAGGUGAUGAUGUCCGUCAAGAUUGCUUGACGCUACAGUUGAUUCGUCUGAUGGACGAGAUGUGGCGAGACGAGGGUCUGGAUUUGGCAAUGGAGCCGUAUCGAUGUGUAGCGACAUCCCCAAUGACCGGCAUUCUUCAGAUGGUGCCAAACUCGGUCACGACUGCUGAGGUGCAUAGGCGUGACGGCAUGAUGGGGACGUUCAAGGAUCCCAGUUUCUCCGACUGGAUUCGCGCAAACAAUCCUGAUCCGAGAAGUCGCAAGGCUGCUGUUGACCUUUUCAGUCGCUCUUGCGCAGGCUACUGUGUAGCAACUUGCGUACUUGGCAUUGGUGAUCGGCAUAACGACAACAUUAUGAUUUCGUCAUCAGGUCGGUACUUCCACAUCGACUUUGGCCACUUUCUUGGUCACCUCAAGUACUACAAGCUGGGAAUCCGUCGUGAGCGAACCCCUUUCGUAUUUACGAACGAAAUGGCGUACGUGCUAGGUGGCGUGGAAGGAAAGGACUUUGCAAAGUUUGUUGACACAGCGUGCACGGCGUACUGUGUGCUACGGAGACAAAUGCACCUUUUGGUGUCGCUGUUGCUGCUGAUGGUCCCGGCGGACAUGCCUGAGUUGACAGGACGGGAUGACAUUAAUCACAUCGUGACGACGCUGGCGCCCGAAGUAUCGGAUGAUCGCGCCCGCGAGUCGUUCGAGCAAACGAUUCAUUUCUGCCUCGACAGCCGGUUCAAGCGUUUUGACAACUACUUGCACAAUAUUGCCCACGCGUUUGGAUAG